AUCGCGAAAAUGUCAACAACUUUUCCAGGAUUGGUGCACGACGCAGAGAUACGUCACGACGGAUCAAACAGCUACCGUUUGAUGCAACUCGGAUGCCUGGAAUCAGUGGCCAACUCGUCUGUCGCUUACUCCUCGUCGUCGCCGCUAACAUACCCCGCCACGGGAACCGAGUUCGCGUCCCCGUACUUUUCGACGAACCACCAGUACACGCCACUGCACCACCAGUCGUUCCACUAUGAGUUCCAGCACAGCCACCCGGCGGUAAAUCCCGACGCCUACUCCCUGAACUCCCUGCACCACUCCCAGCAGUACUACCAGCAAAUCCACCAUGGGGAACCGGCCGAUUUCAUAAACCUCCACAGCGCGCGGGCGCUUAAGUCCUCCUGCCUGGACGAGCAGAGGAGAGAGUUAGGUUGCCUCGAUGCAUACCGCCGGCACGAUCUUUCGCUAAUGAGCCACGGUUCCCAGUAUGGCAUGCACCCGGACCAGAGACUGCUGCCGGGAUCAGGGUUAGGCAUACCGCCACCGGGAGCCGACGAUUUACAGAGUUCGGUGGAAGCUCAGUGCGGACUGGUAUUAAAUGGGCAAGGUGGAGUUAUUCGAAGAGGGGGCACGUGCGUGGUGAACCCGACAGACCUGUUCUGCUCCGUUCCCGGCCGGCUCUCGCUGCUCAGCUCCACCUCCAAAUACAAAGUGACAAUCGCCGAAGUGAAAAGACGCCUCUCCCCGCCCGAAUGCCUGAACGCCUCCCUCCUGGGCGGCAUAUUGAGAAGAGCGAAGUCCAAAAAUGGCGGGCGGUGCUUGCGGGAGAAGCUGGACCGGCUGGGGCUGAACCUCCCGGCCGGGAGGCGGAAAGCCGCCAACGUCACGCUGCUCACCUCGCUGGUGGAGGGUGAGGCUCUUCACCUGGCGCGGGACUUCGGCUACACCUGUGAGACGGAGUUCCCCACCAAGGCGGUGGGGGAGCACCUGGCCCGACAGCACUCCGAACCCAAGGAGCAGGCCGCUCGGAAGAAGAUGGUGUUAGCGACAAAGCAAAUCUGUAAAGAAUUUCAAGACCUGUUAAGCCAAGACCGGUCGCCACUUGGGUCCUCGAGACCGACGCCGAUCCUGGACCUGGACAUACAGAGACACCUAACCCACUUCAGUCUAAUAACUCACGGAUUCGGCACCCCGGCCAUCUGUGCGGCCCUCAGCACAUUCCAGACGGUUCUGAGCGAGAUGCUGAACUACCUGGAGAAACACACGACGGGCAAAAACACGGGAACGCCAGACUCGGCUCAGAUUAACUCCGGAGUGGAGAAGUCGGCCCUGCGGAAAACAGAGUCUCAGUCUAAAGACGGCAAGCUGGAGAAGAUGGAAUAA